AUGUCUCUCAAAGGCCCUACCCCGCAGCAACAUGAUGGCUCAGGCCUUCGUAUUGCCAUCGUCCACGCCCGUUGGAACGACUCCAUUAUCGCUCCUCUCGUCUCAGGAGCCAAGGCAAAGCUGCUCGCGUGCGGUGUCAAGGAGAAAAACAUCGUUGUUCAAUCCUGCCCAGGAUCCUGGGAACUCCCUUUCGCAGUUCAAAGACUCUUCUCUGCUUCCCAGAUUCAAUCCAGCUCAGCGGGCGGGCCGUCUGCAACCGACCUCCUCGCAUCCUCAACGACUGAUUUGACGUCCCUUCCGAGCGGGGCUGCCUCGGGCGCCUUCGAUGCCAUCAUCGCGAUUGGCGUCCUCAUAAAGGGCGAGACAAUGCACUUCGAGUAUAUUUCCGACGCUGUGUCCCACGGCCUGAUGCGUGUACAGCUAGACAUGGGCGUUCCCGUCAUUUUCGGUGUCUUGACGGUUCUCAAUGACGGCCAAGCCAAGGCUCGUGCUGGCAUUGAUGGCAAGGGCCACAACCAUGGAGAAGAUUGGGGUCUCGCUGCUGUGGAAAUGGGUGUCAAAAGAAAAGAGUGGAUUUCAGGUGAAAUUGCAGGCUAG